ACAACUUGUAAGGAAGCUAUUCAGCGAUGGGAAGAAAAAACAGGUCUAAGUGCCAAUGAAGAGAAAGAAAUUAUUUUGUCCUUUCAAUGGCCGCCGAUUGAAAAAAUGGAUAAUAAUUUAGCAGCACUUGCUGCUGUAGAGUUAGUAAUAUUUUUAAAAUUUAUUUAGUAAAAAUAUUAAAAGUAAAAUUUUUCUAGAAAACUAUCUCUCUCAACAAAUAUGAUAGAAAAAAUCACUGGUAUCAGUGCAUUAAAAAAUUUAAAAAUCCUCUCUUUGGGUCGCAAUCAAAUUAAAACAUUCUCUGGAUUAGAAGCAGUUGGAGAACACUUAGAAGAAUUGUGGAUAUCAUAUAAUCUAAUCGAAAAAAUUAAAGGUGUAAAUGUACUAAAAGCAUUAAAAGUGCUUUAUAUGUCGAAUAAUCUGGUAAAAGAUUGGGCUGAAUUUAAUCGUUUGCAAGAAAUUCCGCUUCUCGAAGAUUUAUUAUUCAUCAAUAAUCCUAUCUGUGAAAGUAUGGAUGUAGAAUCUUGGCGCAGCCAAGUAACUAGAAGACUACCAAAACUAAAAAAACUCGAUGCUAUACCGAUUGUAUAAUUAUUUAAUUUAGUUGUUAAAUAUACGAAAUGACAGUAGAAAUUUGAAUUUAAUAAAAAAUUUUGCAAUAAAAUUGCAAAAUAUGUAUUUACACGGUAUAGUGUACAUUUAUAAUACAUUUUUUUUUAUGUUUGAAUAUAAUACAUUGUAUUGACAUUAUCGACAUUGCCUUAUUUUAUAAUUUUUUGUGAUGGUCAAUUAAUAAUCUUCAACUUUCAUGUCGUUUAAUCCCAGUUCUUCAUUCUGAUCAAAACUUCUUUCAUAUUUAAUAAUCUUUAAACCAUUAUCUAAACCUUCAUUAGAAAGGCUUUGAAUGUAACUAUUACCCGCUGGAUCAUCUAAUACAAGUGUAAUCUUUCGCUUUCCUUCCAAAACUUCAUUUAAAUGAGAUAUGAAAAUUUCCAUCCGUUUAACAGUUUCAGGAUCACUACUAUCACCGCUAAAAGCUGUUGAUGAUGAUAAUUGUUCUUUAAUAGCUACUAAAAUGCCUUCUAUAGUAGUAAAACGUCCACCUAAAGCAGCAGGACCAAUUUCUAAUUCCAAUUCUGGUAUUUGCAUAUGACAAGUUUCAGACUUUAACAAAU